AUGACCGGCGAUUCAGUCGAGCGGAUCGAGGAGGAGGUGCGAGGAAAAGUGGCUCGUUCCGGCCCAAACGCAGCUGCCUCUGGUACUUACGACCCUUGCAAGUACGACGAGCUGCAAGGGAGCUCUCCCCGACCCCUCGUUCACCCGCAACUCGACCCGCCCUUCGACGCUGACCUUCGCAGCGCUCGUGCCCUCUUGCCUCCUUUCUCCGCGAGUGACCUCGCGCGCCUCCCGCUCUCCCUCUCUCUCUCUCCUUCUUCUCACUCCGACUCCUCACUUCUCCCCUUUCCGCCCUCCCUCGAGUCGGAGUCACUCCCUCCCUCCUCUACCUCGCCUCGACCCUCGACGCCACCAGCACCCCCUCCUCGACGCCGCAACUCAACUGUCGUCAAGGACUUGGUGGACGACGCGCUGGUCCGCUUCAGGUCAAGGUUGACGCGCUCGUCGUCUUCCAGUGGCAGCUCCUGCAGCGCGUCUACCGGCGUCGAGGGUCGAGCGGUUUCAACACCCGCUUGGUCUGUCGAGCGUCGUUCAACCGCGCCGAACCGUUCUGCUUGUCUCCGCUUUUCUAAAACCGAGGCACUCGCCUCACCCAAGCCGCAGGACCCAAGUUCGGGGUCGUCACCGCCCUGCCCUCGAGGCUUGCGCGCCGGCGGCGUUCGAGCUCCUGCGAAGGUCUUUCCACCUCUCCGGUGCGUAGAGGGUGCCCUCCUCCUCCUCCUUCGCCGCGCUCACUCGUUCUGA